AUGCAUUAUGCUCAGAGUCUUCCUUAUGCAAACUUACUCGAUAAAGAAGCUGAAACUUGGUUAAAUACUAUAUGUACUAAUUUAGUCAUUAGUGUAAAAGCUAAAGACUUUACUAUUGGUGCUGUUGCUUGGAUUAAACGUCUAGCAAAUUACUUAGAUAUGAAGCAUGCUGUACCUCGAGAAAUAAGGGCAAGCCUCUCUAAGUUGCUGUAUGAAAUGGUAAUAAUGCCCGGCAUGGAGCUUGCACUUGUUGAGCUAUGGGCAAAUAGUUGUAUACGUUUGAUUAGGCACAAAAAGAGAUUAGGUCCUGAAGAUCUUCAACUGGAAUGGCGUCCUUUAUAUGAACUAAUCGAAAGAAUCUUAUUUCCAAAAUCAAGGCAGCGAACUUUAAUGAGUGAAUCUAAACACAUAGUACAUGUACUUCGAUUGGUAGGCUACGCUCAGCGUUUUUUUUCACCUAACGCAGCAGAAGAAAUUUUAGCAGAAUUUUUGCCAAAAUUUACUACGCACUCAAUAUCUGACGCAAUCAAAGCUCAGGGCUAUCUUGUUUUAUUUUUACCUAUAGAAUAUCAAUCCACACAUACGAUACAUGCUCAAAAUUAUCUACCUACUAUCUUCUCAUUAUGGUCUAUGUUUUCAAAUUCACCUAUUUAUGAUACUCAGUUUGCUUAUCUUGUCUCUUGUAUUGCUGAACACAAUUUAGAUCAAGGAAGCAAUAUUGGAUUAUUCACAAAACAACAGAUAAAAACAAUAUUUACAGUAGGUUUAAGGAUGAUGAAUUUACCUGUCGGUAGUCGUAGCGAUGGAAGUAGUUCUAGCAGUGGUGCAGCAGGUGGAGCAACAACAGGUUAUGGAUCACAGGGCUUAAGAAUUGACUCAAAAGCUGGUAAUUCGUUACUGCUUCGAAAGAAACCUGAAAAAUUUAAAUCAUUAGCACGUUUCAUUGUAUAUACAAUUAUGCCAGACGAAAAUAAUCAACAAUCUAGCUAUACUCUUUCACUUUUAUCUGAUAUGAUUCAGGCAACAGAGCUCUAUUAUCAUCCUUCUAAUCAUGGACCUUGGUCUUAUAUGUUAACCACCUUUGCACGCCAUCUAGCAGCUGAAUUUUUAAAACGUUGGAGAGAGGAGCAAGAAGAAGAUUGUAAUGUACCACCACAUCGUCGACUGACAUUGGCAUUGCGAAAGGAGUUUGUAUUAAUCUUACGACCUGUAACAUAUUUGAGUAUGUUCGGUAAGGACCAAUAUAUUGUUGGCGCUAGUCAAUCAACCUUAAAAUAUCUUUCAUGGCUUGAACCUUCACUUAUUUUUCCUGGAUUACUUGAGCGUAUCUAUCCUUCACUUGAAACUUUGACAGAAACACAUCGAACAUCCAGCGCUUUAAGCAUACUAACAGAUAUUGCUUUACCAUUGUUCUCUCGUGACAAUUAUCCAGCAGGAGGAAAGCACUUAUUACCUUUAUUACAUCUUGCUAUUCCAGGUAUCGAUAUGAAUGAUCCUAUCAAGACGAUUGCAUCAUUAAUGUUCAUAUCAACCUCUUUAAUGUCAAUUCCUAUUUGUGAUAUGACUCAACAUCAAGAUGGUUAUUAUCCAACUGAAGAAUAUACAGACAAUCCUUUUGCUGAAUUAUCUAAAGAUACUGAAGAUUAUCUUGUUAAAGCCAGUACAGGUGAAUUCGAGGAAUGGUUAGCAAAGUUUUUAAAUCGUGCUUUUACUAUCUUUGAGAACCUUCCCCAAGAGAAUCGUAAGAAACAAGGUAGCAGUCAUAGUGGUGCGACAAUGGAAACUGGCCUGACACAAAUACUGUUACAUACCUGUGAUGUUGUCUUUGGCCAGUUAUCAGAUGAAUUAUAUGACCUAGCUUUACGUCUAGUUAUUGAAUUUAUUACUGAUCGUGUUUUACCCAAUGCUGUUCGUGCAGUGGGGCUUUUGUGUGAUGCGAUCGCUUCAAUUAAUCCUAAAAAGGCUGCAAAAGUGUUUUUACCCCUUUGCAUUUCUAAUAUUCGUAAUGAAUUAGAACACGGUGCUGCAGCUACUGUUGCUCAUGCGGCUUCAUCUAAUUUAAUUCAGUCUGAUUCAACUUUUCAUUGGUAUCAAAAUAUUUUGUUUUCAGUUGUAUCCAUGUUAGGAGCUGAAAUCUUACCUUAUAAACAAGAUAUUAUAGAUAUAACACAUCUUAUGAUUCAACAAUGUCGCAGUCGUAGAGGUAUUAUGUGGACAGGCAAAUUGAUACGUAGCGUACUAAGUACUACGCUUAAUAUCUAUCCAAAGGAAUUCAGAAGUUUAAAUCCUUCCCAAUGGAAUGACAAAGAGUUUAUGUCCAAACAAUCACAUCAAGUUUGGGGCCAGCCUGGUGAUCCUGCUAAUUUAGAGAUUCAAUGGCAUACACCUUCUGAAACUGAAAAGAACUUUGCACUUGAAUAUCUAGAUCAGUUCCUUAAACCGUCUAUGCAUCGUUUAGAAAAGCUUAUGGAUGAUACAGAACAGUUAGGAAAAAGCAAUCAUGAAAUUAGUAAUGAAUUUUGUCGUCAUUUAGCAGUCGUAAGGAACUGCUUAAUGGGUAGUGGUGCAAUGAUUGCUAACGAUGGUGAGAAUAUAAAUGAGGAUACUAUAAUGAAAGAUGUAGAUGGCAUAAAAGAGGAAGAAGAUGAAUUGCAAGAUUUUAUUGUACCACGAUUAGAAGUAGGAUAUGCGUUUUCUGAUCCUACCGAUCCUCGAACACAAAAAGCAUGUAGAAUUCGAUAUGAUAUUGGCCAACUAAUCCAUCAGCUUUCCAAUUUCUUCAGAAAUAAGCGAGAAGAUGAUGUUGAAAGCAUAAAAAUUUUGAUUAAAAUUGCUCGUACUUUUCUUUCUGAACGAGGUGUAGAAAAGUCGCAAUUUGAUCGUAGUAAAAGUGGGUAUAGUUAUGCAAAAUGUAUCGGAAAAACACCACUUUGUAAAAAGAGAUAUCCUCGUAAUCUAUUAAUCCGUCGAGCGUAUAAUCAUCAUCUUUUAAGAUUACGCCAAAAUGUUCAUGCGCGCCAAAGAACUUCAUUACACGAUGCAAUUCUCAACGAUUUGCUUGAAAUGUCACUGGGAUCUUAUGCUGAGAUUAGAAAAAUUAGUCAAACUGCACUCUCGGUAACUGCUCGUUGUUUUCGUCAGUCAAAAUCGUUAAUUGUACCUGUAUUGUUAGAUGCUCUCCAGCCAUUAACUCCUGCAGAUCGUAUGAAAGGCGCUCUUUAUCUUUUCACACACAAGUCUAUUUUAAUGCCCUGUUUAAGACACUGGAAAUUUAUUCCUAGUUUUGUGAUGGCUAUUUGUAAUGCUCAACAUCAAGAUAAAUUAACUAUACAGGAAUUAAUCCGUGAGGUAUACACGGAUUAUGUUUCCUAUAUACAUACUUAUUCCUUCCAUGUUAUUACACCUGAUUAUUUGGAUUCUCUACUUUCUGCUCUUUCUCCUACUACGGUUAAAACAGAUCAUUUUCAACAGAAAAUAAAAUCUAUCCAAAAACUAGUAGAAUCACGUCUUCAAAAUAACCGAGCACAGUAUCACAAGUUAAUUGACUCCUUAAUUGACUUUCUUCUCGAUUCGCGUGUACACUGGCGUUAUGCGCAAAUGACAGCAAAUUUCAUUGAGUUAUUUUUAAGUAAUGAUGUGAAGCCAUCUGCACGUUUGGCUGCAUUUGCUAAUAAUGCUACUUUAUCGGAGCUGCCUAGUAUGCGAUUUGUUGGUAUUAGCACCACCAUUCAAUUAUUAUUAUACAUUAAACAGCGCACUUUUGCUGCUGGUAAUGAGACACUACUUAUUACAGGACAAGUACGUAAUCCUUUAAAGGUGAAUAUCCAAGUUCAAGAUCCAUCUAAUUUUCAAAUGGGGUCUAAUCUGUUAGAGGCUUCUUAUCAAGCAUUGACGCCUGUAAAUGCAAAUUCAAGUGUACUUGUUGAUGAUGCAACUUUAGGAUGGUAUGUUUGGCCAAAAAGUUAUACGGCAUAUAAGGUCAAUAACAGGGAUUUCUUAUUUGAAACUGUUGAGCCUGAUUCUCAAGAAGCCUUUAAUGAAUUUCAAAAGGUCCUUACUUCAUCAGAAUAUUGGUCAAAGCUUUGUGUUUACUUUUCACAAGAAGUCAACCAGAAACAAGAAGAUCGGUUUAAUUUAGAAAAUGCUCGCUUGAUUAGUAGUAUAUUUCAAGUAUUUGGUGAUAGACCUUUGUCUGCAGCAAAAGAACAUAUUGAAAAAUUAUGUCAAGCAACUGACCAGAAGAAUUCACAACGUGCUGCAUCUGAAAUUCUAGGUGGUUUAAUCCGAGGCACCAAACAUUGGAACGUAACGAAACUAUCCUCUGUUUGGAUAUGGCUUAAGCCUUUACUUCAAAAUAUCUUUAAUGGUAUCACACCUGAUUCCCUAUUGUAUUGGGACGCUUUUAUUAAAUUUUGCGCUACUCGUCGUGAUCCUCGUCGAAUCCAGCCUUUAAUAGACUUGAUUUUAGAAGCUGAAUUAGAUCCAACUUCAUAUGCUGCCUUUAACGAAGCACGCAAAUUAUUGCUUGUACGUGCACUUAUUGUAUCAUUGAAAUGGAAGUUUAAGCCUUUGAUUUGUAAAAUAUUACCUACUUAUAUCAACAAUAUACAGCAUCCUUAUAAGCAAGUACGUGAGGUCAUUGGUGUAAAUAUAAACGAAUUACUUCAAUUAGAAUGGGUUCCAUCCUAUCCAUCUGUUCAUAAUUUAUUAAAAGCAAAUUCUAUAAUUGAUGGUGUUGGUAAUGUACCAACGACAUUGAAUGCUGAGCAAUCAGAAAGAAUGAAGGUAGUAGUACAACACUUAGAUAAUUGGUUAACUGAAAUGACGACAAGCGGUGAUAUAAUGAGUAGUACUACUAACUAUGCGCAUGCUAGUAAAACAAUUCUUUGCUGGCUGUAUGAAGCGUUUAGUCAUGCAAGUGUCUCCGGCACCUUGCCUUACAUUACAUCUUUAUUUCCAAAAUUAUUUAUCAUGCAAGAAUUUAAUGAUGAUCAAGAUUUACAACUAAUGGCUGGCCGCAUAUUAAGUUUAGUAGCCCGUAUCAAUUAUCCAUCUUCCAUGUUACCUACUUUAAUUGACGAAUUUUUGACUACAUUAACUACAUCAUCCAGUUGGCAUAUUCGUAUUCGAGCUUUACCAGUGUUACAAAUAUUUUUCUUCAAAAACUUGUUUACUCUAAAUAGUACACAAGUGUUACGUAUUAUGGAAGUGAUUGGACAAAUGUUAAUGGAUACGCAGAUAGAAGUACGCCAGUUAGCUUCAGUUACCCUAGGUGGUUUGGUUCGUUGUUCACAAAGAGAUGCCAUUCAAACAUUACUCGCUCAAUUUAUAGCUAAAAUACAAGUGAAAAUUCCUAAAAGAAAGCGUGACGAAAAGACGGGCAAGAAUGUUGAGCCAGAAGGAUAUGCAGAAGCCGUAUUACAAAAACAUUCUGGAGUUCUUGGUAUUUCUUGUUUAAUUAAUGCUUUCCCUUAUGAAGUGCCUGAGUGGAUGCCAUCUAUACUGUGUCAACUUGCAGAAUGUAUGUCUGAUCCAGCUGCUGAAAUUCAGACUACCAUUCGUAAAACAUUUUCAGAUUUUAGAAGAACCCAUUCAGACACAUGGCAUGAAGAUAUGCUCAAAUUUAAUGAAGAUCAAUUAUCUAUGUUGAGUGAUAUGCUUAUCUCUCCAAGUUAUUAUGCAUAA